UUCUCAUUGGUAUUAGCUUCCAGACGGUGGGUCAAUUCAGUUCUGUGUCCGAUUUUUCGGGUUUUCUAGCUGUCGUAGAUUUAGCCAUCAGUUACUCAAUUUUCGUUGUCUCUGUUCCAUACUGUUCUUGAGUUCUUUUUUGUCUCGAUGGAAUCCUAGUGAAAAUUAGCACGAGAAAUUAGGGAUUUUCGUGUACUGUUUGGCACCCGCGAGAUUAGAUAGUGAUCGUAACAAGUGUUUUUCAAGUGGUAGAAAAUGUGAACACAGUGAAUAAUGUUCGAAGGAUAAAAUUUGCAGCCUCAAUCUACCAUUCUGCGCCUGCUGUGUUCUUGGAGUAAUCUUCGAUAUACAGAAGGAAGCAGUUUUCAUUUGGCUGCUCUCUGCAUGUGCAUUUCUUCUGGCCCUGACUGAUGGUUCGCAAUAAAUAUUCUGUGAAUAAUGCUGGCAAGUCGCCGAGUAAAAAGUCGCGCAUCAACAUUAAGCAACAUGACGGUGCAAGUGAUCAGGAAGGUGGAGAAGGAAGUUCCAGUGCGACAUUAAUUGAAGGAGAAAGUGCAACAAACGGAGGAGCCCAGCGAUGUGACUCAGUGCAUAAACAAAAUCUUUACAUUAUUUCGUUUCCCGUUAUUUUUGUGUUUAACGUUUUGCGUUCUUUGCUAUACCAGUUAUUCAUUAUUUUUCGGUACAUUUAUAAUUUCACAACAAAAGUGGUUUACAAACCAGUGAGAAAAGAUUGCGGGCUAGAAAUAGUCAUCAACGAUCGGCAACAGUCAAAAGCAGAAAUACUACCGGCUUUAGAUCCACAACAACAACAGGCACAUCCGCUGCAGUAUUCCAGUAGUGGUGUUUUACUUAACGGAGAAGGUCGCGAAAUGGCUGUGCAACGUUCAGCUAGUGGUAGCCAAGUUGGUCCUGGAGAUCCAUUACUGGCUAAGCAGAAACACCAUCACCGUAGAGCUUUCGAGUAUAUCUCCAAAGCAUUAAAAAUCGACGAGGAAAAUGAAGGUCAAAAAGAACUGGCUAUCGAGCUGUAUCGGAAAGGCAUCCUAGAAUUAGAGCGUGGUAUUGCUGUGGAGUGCUGGGGUGGUCGUGGAGAAGUAUGGGAACGAGCACAGCGGUUGCACGACAAAAUGCAAACUAAUUUGUCCAUGGCGCGCGAUAGGCUUCAUUUCCUUGAAUGCAUGCUAGAAGCUAAUAGACUUGAAAUAACCGACAAGCACAAACUGGAACGGUCCAACACGUUUACCAUAAGUACAAAUCCUCAUCCUACAAAUCAUAAUCAUAUGGCGGCACCUACCAUCAAUGCUAAACCUGCAGCACACCACAAUCGUACACAAUUCAAAGUUCCAUCGGCAAUUAGCAGACCUCGAGCGCGACAACAAGAAAAUCGGUUGAUGAUGCUGAACAAUGAGCCUUCGUCCAGCUCUACAAAACAAAAAAAUGUGUCGAGUGAUACAGACGCUUCCGGAAGAAAACUAACAGUUGGCUACAAACGUCCAGGCAAUCUCGGAGUGAUGAACAAAUCUCAAACUCUACCUCGCAGUAUGGGUGGCACAAGAACAACCCCGACUGGUACUAGUGGUGGCACUAUGAGUGGUGGUAUUAUGGGAGGAAAUGGUGGUGGUGUACCAAAAAUCGUGCCAAAACCAGCAGCAACACCACCCGCCAUUCGACGGCAAUUUUCGAUACCGGGUAAUUCGCCAAUACGGAAAGCAAGUAACGGCUAUGGUCGUAGCGGAGGCAAAGAUACCCCACCUCGUUCGAGAACGCCUUCUAAUAAUCCAUCCACUCAGCAACAACAAAUCAAUGUGAAAGGAGUUGAACCGAAACUAGUCCAAAUUAUUAUGGACGAAAUUGUCGAAGGAGGCGCUAGAGUAGAAUGGCAAGACAUUGCUGGUCAGGAAGUAGCUAAACAAGCACUCCAAGAAAUGGUUAUACUACCAUCUGUGCGACCGGAACUUUUUACCGGCUUACGAACACCAGCUAAAGGCUUACUGCUUUUUGGCCCACCCGGUAAUGGUAAGACGCUACUGGCAAGAGCAGUAGCUACUGAGUGUUCCGCCACCUUUUUCAGCAUAUCGGCCGCCACUUUGACCAGUAAAUAUGUAGGUGAUGGUGAGAAACUAGUCAGAGCUUUGUUUGCUGUAGCGAGGGAAAUGCAGCCGUCUAUAAUCUUCAUCGACGAAGUAGAUUCAUUGCUUUCCGAACGAAGUAGCGGAGAACACGAGGCAACCCGACGCUUAAAGACCGAAUUUCUAGUCCAAUUUGACGGCCUUCCGGCAAACUCGGAGUCCGAUAAAAUAGUUGUAAUGGCAGCGACGAAUCGCCCACAAGAACUAGACGAAGCAGCCCUACGACGGUUUCCAAAAAGAGUGUAUGUUACUCUCCCUGAUUUGAGCACUAGAGAACUGCUUCUUAGAAAGCUGUUGGAGAAGCAAGGAAGCCCUUUGAGUGACGCCGACAUGAAACGUUUAGCAAUACUAACAGAAGGGUAUUCCGGGUCGGAUUUGACAGCGCUCGCGAAGGAUGCUGCAUUGGAACCAAUUAGAGAGCUCAAUGUAGAGGAAGUUAAGAAUAUGGACCCAACCAAAUUGCGCAGCAUUCGAGAGUCUGAUUUCCACAAUUCAUUGAAAAGGAUCCGCCGCUCAGUGGCUCUCAACAGUCUGGCAGCAUAUGAAAAGUGGUUACAGGAUUUUGGAGAUGUUACCUUAUAAAGCUUGCUGGGUUAGCUCGAUAAUGCCAUUCGUUUACUAAAUUUACUCUUAGGUUGUUAGUAAUACAUAUUCGUUAAUACGCAGUAUUAUUAUGCUGUGCAUAUGUAACUACUUAUUGUAAUUUGAGUCAUACCGUUAUGAUUUUUUCUAGCAGAUUAAGGGGUCUAUUUUAUAAGUCGAGUCGAUCAAAACGACUCGACUGGAGUCACUGUCGACCGAAAAAUUCGCUCGACUCAGCUCUGUCACUCGAGUUUUUCGACAGUUGUCACUCUAUGUGACUGGAUUAAUAUGGGAGUCGACGGGUGACAUCUGAAAUAUGCAUGUUUGCUUUGAUCGACAAUGAAUACAGACGAGUCACAUGAAUCUGGCUCGAUUUACAAAAUAGGCCCCCUAAAAUAAUCAUUCAUAAUAGUACACAAAAGCUUAUAUGUAGUACUGGUCGACCGAAGAUCAUUUUUUCGAUCUAAUUUUAAUAAAUAACAGAAACUAUCAAAAAUAAAUUUAACUGGGUAUUUGUACAUAGUGAAUAACGGCUGACUGCUAGAUUACUUUACUUGCUUGGUAUUGAUUAAGUUAUAAAAUAAGCUGAUGUAAAAAAUACCGCGAAAAAUACAUCAAAUUUUAACUGCUACAAUCUUUUCUAGUUAUACUCAUUUACGGUGCUACGUAGUGUUUUGUUAAUUUUAAACCCUGAUAUAGAUAUGUAACACUUAGAAAAAGACUUUUUCUUUGUUUGCCAUGCGGAAUACAAUAUCUGAUUGAAAUAAAAAUAAAAUAGCACAAAGGAUAAACACAAAACUUUAACUUCAAA